AUGGCAGAUCAUCAGAAAGAGAUAGAAGAAUUCGGUAGCAACGACGACUUUUGGCUCUUCGGCUAUGGAAGUUUGAUAUGGAAGCCACCACCACACUUCGACCAACGUGUGCCUGGCUACAUAGAAGGCUACGUGCGACGCUUUUGGCAGGCGAGUGAAGAUCACAGAGGUACACCCGAAGCGCCCGGCCGUGUAGUAACGCUCAUCGACCGCGCACACUGGGACACGUUGUCAGACCACCACGAGCCCACCGAGCGCGUCUGGGGCGCCGCCUACCACAUCCCAGCGGCCAAAGUGCCAGAGGUCCGCGAGUACCUUGACAUCCGUGAAAUCAAUGGCUACAGCAUACAGUUCACGCCCUUCCAUCCGGCUGCAGAGUCCACACCUAUCCGCUGCCUAGUCUACAUAGGACUACCAGAGAACCCGCAGUUCCUUGGUCCGCAAGAUCCCGAUGCGUUGGCGAAGAAGAUUCUGGAAAGCACAGGCCCGAGCGGGGAGAACAGGGAGUAUUUAUUCAAUCUUGAAAAGGCGCUGUUGGGUUUGAGUGAGGAAAGUGGGGAUAAACAUAUCAGCGACCUCGUUGCACGUUGCAGGAAGAUCGAGGCUGAGGGGAAAGAUGCAGUGGGCGGCAGGUAG